CUCCCCGGGUCCCGGGUAUCUGCGUCUCCCGUGAGGGCGUGGGCAAAGCCGGUGCAGCCGGACGACGGGAGGCGAGAGAAGCCCAGCUCCAGAUCCGUGAGGCGAACCACGUGGGAGCUCCAGACAGCGACCACGCCCCCAAACGGAACCAAGGCCCGCCCUGUCGCUACAGCUACGCUCGGAGCGCAUCUGCGCCGGCGCAAGCGCAAUGAACCUGAGGGCAGGGCGGAGUCGCAGUCGUUCUCUGACGCAGCCGCCGUAGAACGCAGUCGCGGGCGCUGGAACGUGCGGAGACAGGCGCAGGCGCAGUGGCCUCAAAGAGACGUGGCGCAUGCGCAGUCGUGUAUCCGUGCGAUGGACGGGCUCUUGACGGCGGUGCAAUGGCUGCCUGCGAGGGCCGCAGGAGCGGAGCUCUCGGUUCCUCUCAGUCGGACUUCCUGACGCCGCCAGUGGGCGGGGCCCCUUGGGCUGUAGCCACCACCGUAGUCAUGUACCCACCGCCGCCGCCGCCGCCUCAUCGGGACUUCAUCUCGGUGACGCUGAGCUUUGGCGAGAGCUAUGACAACAGCAAGAGUUGGCGGCGGCGCUCGUGCUGGAGGAAAUGGAAGCAACUGUCAAGAUUGCAGCGGAAUAUGAUUCUCUUCCUCCUUGCCUUUCUGAUUUUCUGUGGACUCCUCUUCUACAUCAACUUGGCUGACCAUUGGAAAGCUCUGGCUUUCAGGCUAGAGGAAGAGCAGAUGAGGCCAGAAAUCACUGGGUUGAAACCAGCAAAUCCACCAGUCUUACCAGCUCCUCAGAAGGCAGACACCGACCCUGAGGACUUCCCAGAGAUUUCAUCGCAGAAAUCACAAAGACGCGUCCAGCGGGGACCACCUCACCUGCAGAUUAGACCCCCCAGCCAAGACCUGAAGGAUGGGACCCAGGAAGAGGCCGUGAAAAGGGAAGAAGUGCCUGUGGACCCCCGCCCAGAAGGAGAUCCGCAGAGGACGGUCAUCAGCUGGAGGGGAGCAGUGAUCGAGCCUGAGCAGGGCACCGAGCUCCCUUCAAGAAAAGCAGCAGUGCCCACCAAGCCUCCCCUGCCACCGGCCAGGACACAGGGCACACCAGCGCAUCCAAACUAUCGCCAGAAGGGCGUGAUUGACGUCUUCCUGCACGCGUGGAAAGGAUACCGCAAGUUCGCGUGGGGCCACGACGAGCUGAAGCCUGUGUCCAGGUCCUUCAGCGAGUGGUUUGGCCUUGGUCUCACACUGAUCGACGCACUGGACACCAUGUGGAUAUUGGGUCUGAGGAAAGAAUUUGAGGAAGCCAGGAAGUGGGUGUCAAAGAAGUUACACUUUGAAAAGGACGUGGACGUCAACCUGUUUGAGAGCACGAUCCGCAUCCUGGGGGGGCUGCUGAGUGCCUACCACCUGUCUGGGGACAGCCUCUUCCUGAGGAAAGCUGAGGAUUUUGGAAAUCGGCUAAUGCCUGCCUUCAGAACACCAUCCAAGAUUCCUUACUCAGAUGUGAACAUCGGCACUGGAGUCGCGCACCCGCCACGGUGGACCUCCGACAGCACGGUGGCCGAGGUGACCAGCAUUCAGCUGGAGUUCCGGGAGCUCUCCCGCCUCACAGGGGCUAAGAAGUUUCAGGAGGCCGUGGAGAAGGUGACGCAGCACAUCCACGGCCUGUCUGGGAAGAAGGACGGGCUAGUGCCCAUGUUCAUCAACACCCACAGCGGCCUCUUCACCCACCUGGGUGUGUUCACGCUGGGCGCCAGGGCCGACAGCUACUAUGAGUACCUGCUGAAGCAGUGGAUCCAGGGCGGGAAGCAGGAGACACAGUUGCUGGAGGACUACGUGGAAGCCAUUGAGGGGGUCCGGACACACCUGCUGCGGCACUCUGAGCCCAGUAAGCUCACCUUUGUGGGGGAACUUGCCCACGGCCGCUUCAGUGCCAAGAUGGACCACCUGGUGUGCUUCCUGCCAGGGACGCUGGCUCUGGGCGUCUACCACGGCCUGCCCGCCAGCCACAUGGAGCUGGCCCGGGAGCUCAUGGAGACUUGUUAUCAGAUGAACCGGCAGAUGGAGACGGGGCUGAGUCCCGAGAUCGUGCACUUCAACCUUUAUCCCCAGCCGGGCCGUCGGGACGUGGAGGUCAAGCCGGCAGACAGGCACAACCUGCUGCGGCCAGAGACCGUGGAGAGCCUGUUCUACCUGUACCGCGUCACAGGGGACCGCAAGUACCAGGACUGGGGCUGGGAGAUUCUGCAGAGCUUCAGCCGGUUCACGCGGGUCCCCUCGGGCGGCUAUUCUUCCAUCAACAACGUCCAGGAUCCUCAGAAGCCCGAGCCCAGGGACAAGAUGGAGAGCUUCUUCCUGGGGGAGACUCUCAAGUAUCUGUUCUUGCUCUUCUCUGACGACCCAAACCUGCUCAGCCUGGAUGCCUACGUGUUCAACACCGAAGCCCACCCUCUGCCCAUCUGGACCCCUGCCUAGGGGGGGCGGCUGCUGGCGUGGGGACUUCGGGUGGGCGGAGGCGCCUGGCUGGGUCUGUGGCAUUUUCCAAAGGCCCACAUGGUGCCAGCAGCCGCUGAGUGGCCCGGGCUCUGAGCUGGCUCUGGGCUCCCCUCAUCUCUCUUUCAUCAGGACACCGUGAGGCUGAGUGAGAGCCGCAGUCUUUGUGUGGGGCGGGGUGGGCCGGGCCCCUGGAGCCUCUGCCUGCCUCUUCCAGAAAACACGAAUCAUGACUCACGAUUACUGAAGCCUGAGCAGGUCUCUGUGGGCCGACCACAGUGGGCUUCGAGGUGGUCCCUGGUACUGUGGUGACUGACUGGACAGCCCAGGGUGCAGCUCUGCCCAGGCUUGUGAAGCCUCAGAUGUCCCCAACCCAAGGGUCUGCAGGGGCUGCUGUGACCCCACAGGCCCGAGGCUCCAGGGCUGGCUCUGGUGUUUACAAGCUGGACUCAGGGAUCCUCCUGGCCACCCCACAGCGGGCUUGGAGGGCUGGACGGCAAGUCCAUCUGGCUCACAGGCCCCUCCAGUGGAAUGGGUCUUUUCGGUGGAGAUAAAAGUUGAUUUGCUCUAA